AUGGUCAAGCCCAACGCGUCCACAAAACCUACCACUCCCAACCUUCGCCCACCCUACAAGUCCAAGGCGCAGAGGCGAUGGGCUGCUAAGCAGAGAAAAGUGGCCAGAGAGCGCGAGGCCGCCCAAGGCUCUGAGCAGCCAGCUACCACCAGCAAGCCUGGGCAGCCUGCUACUACCAGUAAACCUGAGCAGCCUGCUGCUACCGACAAGACUGAGCAGCCUGCUGCCACCAACAAGAUUGAGCAGCAUGCUCCUAAGAACACGGCGAAGCCCGCUCUUCCUCCGAAGCCCAAGCACUUGCAGUCCGCUCCCACCACCGACAAGACUGAGCAGCCUGCUGCCACCGAUAAGAUCAAGCAGGUCGAGUCUUCUGUUUCUCAGAAGGAAUUCGUGAGUUUUCUAGAGAAGCACAUGCCCACGGCGCAGAAGCAGCAGCCGUCUGCAGCAAAGCCCGAGCUGCCUUUCCGUCACGUCGAGAUCCCUCCUGAAGCCAAGGUCGAGCACAUCUCAGGCGCGACCCCUACUAUGUUCCAGCGGAGGCCGGGACUUGGCAGCCCAGGACGAUCUGCAACCAUCGACCUUCCGACCACUCCUCAAUUGGAGCAGAAGAAACUGUCAUCUUGGCAGCAGAUGACCAAGAGCCUCGACCAGCUCGACAUGAAUAAGGUCUUCGCGAGCCUCUUACGCGUUGCACCGGACGAAGUCCAGCAGUUGGACCACACUGCUCAUGUUCGUGGAGCUACUGCUCAAAAAGUCCCGAAGGCAAGUUUUGUCUCAGCCACAUCUACUUCGAAAUCCGGAAUCGAUAUCCGUAGCAACAUCUUCGAACAAGUGAAGCUGCUCGCUGCUGAUGUCGGCGAUUGGGGCAAGAGCAAGCUGGACGCGUGGUUUGAUGAGCUUGCCUCGCGACAUGACGAUCUCAGGCGUCCAGUCUAUGCGCUUUCGGAAAAGACCGGUGUCAUCCCUGAGAAGAACACGGUGAAGGACCUCGACCCAAAAGAAGGUGAUGAGCCAGAGCCAGAGGUCGACAUUGAAGGCUUCGAGCCUGAUGGCGCAAAUGACCCACUGUACGGCUUCUCGCCCCAUCAGGGAUGUCUCGUGCUCUUGGAAGGCAGGCCCAUCCUUCCGAUCAACCUGAAUCUGUGUUACGGGACCACGAACGUCCAAUUCGGCUCCAUCGUCAUCCCAAUGAAGGAGCUUGUCGAGGCACCAAACCCCUCCAAGCUUGAGCAGGAGAAGGUGCAGCAGUUCAUGAGGUUCGUUCGCCUGCCGUCUGACCAGGACUCCGGUGCGUACAUGGUCAAGUUCUCGUCGUGGACACCCCGAAUCAGCCUCAAGUUCAACGAUCAUGUCUACCGGGACCUGACUCGCCUGCGCAUGCCAUACCUUGAGCAGCUCCGGACCUCCAUUGAGAAUGCCUUUCGUAGUCCCAAUCGGAUCUACGCCACCAUCCUCGUCCCCGAUGGUCGGGAAGACUUCUCGAAAUGGACCGAGCGAUCUUCGAUUAACACGCUCCUCGACCCAACAGUCAUCAAAGAUGACGAGGGUCAGCGCAUCAGGUUUGAGGCAUUCACCGACGACCAGCUUUCUGCCGUCAAGAAGCUGACCAAGCUUCCCUUCGGAGGGCUUUUCAUUGAAGGCGUACCCGGCAGUGGCAAGACUCCUGUGGCUGCGUGGAUCAUGGCUUCGAUCAUGGGAUCAAGCAUGGACGACACCAACGUCAGCACAUACCAGCAGCCGGUGGCAGGUGAGAAUCCAGAAGAUGAUGGCGAGCUGGAUUAUGGUCACUUCCUCGACGAUGUGGAGGACGAAAACGGGGAUGUGGAGUUCGACGUCGAGCCGGAGCUCAUUGGAACCGUCGCGGCCAUUGAGCAGGAGCCUUCGACGGAGGCAAAGAAGCCAGGCUCGCAGGAAGCCAAGUUGAAGCCUGACAAAUGA